UGACGUCAUCGAUGACGUAGCGAGCCAGUUUAAGGUAGGAAAAGAAGGCUGAGGGUGGUGAACCGGAGUUUGGAGGUGCCCCUUCACCAGUUCAAAUAACCCACGAGUUAAGAGAAGAGAAGAUUUUAAAUAGCCAAGUUAUGAAUAGGGAGUAAGUUAAUUGUGAAAUAGAAAUAAUUAGGAAAACAAAUCGAUUACAAUUGUCUAGAAGCUGUUGGCUGAACACGUUUCUAGCGAAAGAGCUAACCUGCAUCGACUUUGUUGAUUUUUUAAUCAGAUCUUAGAAGAUUACAUUGAUUACCGAUUCCAAAUUAUUUUUCAAGUGCUGCUACCUUCUAUAAUUUUUGGUCUUUCACAUUUUUGAUUGCAUUUACAUUCCUGUUGAGUAUUCAUGGAAAAAGCCAAUGAUUCACUACAGAAAAAUGAUAACCGAGAAUAUGACGAAUCGAUUUUACAAAGACCAAUUAACAUUGGAGUAAAAAAUGUACGUGAAGUUUUGAAGUGUCUACAAAUCGGAACUAAAGAGAUAAAAGAUAUUAUAUUGAAUGAAUGUAAUUUAAUUUACGAAUGCAAGAUUUGCCAUAAUCUGUUCAGAAGUUUAGCAAAUUUAAUUUCUCACAAGAGAGUUUAUUGUCAAAAACACUGUUGUGAAUCUAUGACACUCUUUAGUAAUAUUGAAAUAGACGAAUCGACUGUCAUUGUCCUUCCCGAAAAACCAUCCGAUAAUAGUAGUAAUGAAGAAAUCGAAAGUCAAGAAAUUGAUUGCAAUAAAGAAGAAGUAAGUGUCAAAGACGAAGAUGAUGCACUUACUACCAUUGGAACCUCUUCGCCAAAGAUCUUUGUUCCCGCAGAAAAAGAAUCAAGAGAGACAAAACUUCAAAAAUGGGAAGAGAGGAAUUCUUCAGCGUCAUUGGAAGAAGAUCCCGAAAAGAAAAAAGACGAAAAAAUAUUAUAUUUAAAACCAAUCGAGGGUAAUACUAAUGCUGUGUUUCAACAGCUUCAUGAUAAAAAUGGUAAGAUCCAACAAGAGAAUAAUCCAGGAAAAGAGGAAGAACCUGGAAAAAAAUUAGUCGUCAUUAUACCAAAAAAUGUUACAAAUUCAUCAAAAUCCGCAUCGUACGAAGAUAAAAAGUAUGGCAUUAAUUACAGUAGACAUAAAUUAUUAUCUGGAAGAAGUGACUGUGAUAUCGAAUCUUUAAGUUGUCUAGUAUGCAAUACUCGAUACACAUCGCUUAAAACUCUAUACCUUCAUAUGGUAAAUUUACAUUCCCAAAGAAGAUGGUAUUAUCCGUGUCCUUUUUGUAAUACUAGUUUUGUACAAUUAUGGGGUGUGACUAGACAUUUGAUCAAAGUCCAUAAGAAAAAUAAAGACCAAAUUAGCAAAUUACGAGUUGUUAUUAAAAAACGUGCCUUUCUUAAGUGUUUCGAUGAGGACGUUUUGGAAAUGAACGAAGAUGGCCAGUCCGAAGAUAUGUAUAAGGGCAAUGAACAAAGUCGUGAAGUAAAUCAGGUUCUACAUAAAUGUUCGAACUGCAGUAGAAUUUUUAAUCAUAGAUCUUCUGUGGUCAAUCACGAAAAGUUCUGUGCUAAGAAUAAAAAUAAGCCACUUGUUAAGACUUUUAUCAAUUCGCAUAGUUCGAAUGAAUCAAGUAUAGUUACGAGACCGAAACGAUUUAUCGAGAAGAAGGUUAACAAAGAUUUUAUAAAUAGCCAAACGUUGAACUGGCGAUCAGCGAAUAAAGUAAAUACUAAUUCGAAUCCAAGGAAAUGUUCAGCAAACGGUAAGAAAUUGGAAUCGAUAAUUAACAGUAAGAGACUUUCGUGUCUAAAGUGUCAUAAAAAGUUUUGUUCGCUUUCGAAUUUAAAACGUCACGCUGCCAUUCACGUCGGUUGGACUCGUUAUAAAUGUAAAUAUUGCUCUUAUCGAUCCUACCAGAAGUCAGAAUGCCGUACUCAUAUACAGAAAUCACACAAUAUAACAUGUACUACGUCAGGCCUGGAAAAGUUAAUCAUAUGCCUGGAUAAGAACGGUAGAAGAGAGAAAAUAAACAGUAAACAGGUGAAAAAUGCGGAAAACAGUGAAAAAAGCGCCACGAAAGAACCGAGAAAAAAGCAAGGAAAACAUAAUAAUCAGUCAAUUAAUUCAACAGAUAAAGGAGUGAAUUCCGUUUCUGUUAAAGCUGUGGAUGGUGCAUCUAAUAAAAAAUCUGAUAUUGAGGGUGGUGAGAAACUUUUGAUACCGAUCAGUAUACCUAUAUCUCCUGUAGCAGGAGGAAACGUUCGUCAAAUGUCAACUCGAUUUUCUUCACGACAAGUGGAUGAUAUCGAUAAUCCAGCAAAAUUUUUCGGGACAUUGGUUACACGUUCCGGUGCUUACAAAAAAUUGAAUCUACUUCCAAAUAGAGAUCAGUCUUCGUCCUAAUUGCUAUAUCUUUAUCAUGGUACAAAGAAUGAAUUGAGAAAAAUGGGUUUCUAAUAAUUAUCAAGUAAUGUAAGUCAUAUAUUUUGUUAGCAUCUUCGAAAAUUUAUGUAUAUUAAUUUGUACUAAAUAUGAAACAAAUUGACUUCAUCUUCCACUGAUUUAAAAAAAAACUGCUGAUGAUACGAAAUGAAUGAAUUAUGUAUAUAUGAAAUUAAAAAUAUGCAUUGUAUAAUAUCUAAAAA